CUGGCUCGAACUUAUAUGACCCGUGGGUCUCCUCAUGCUCCUCGGCCUCUAGUAAAUAGCUAACACUCCGCGGAAGGCUGGCUCCUUUAUUCUAUUCGCUAUCAUCCCCCUCUUGUGUGGCUGAGGCUUUCCUUCAGCCGUCUUCAUCAACAUGACACCUUAUCUUGGUGAAAGCCCUGAGAGGACGCUCAGCAGCGAUGCCUCACAAAGCAACGUACUCCUCUCCGGCACUCGCUCGGCCCUGCAACAACUACUGGACAAAGCCGAGGAUCAUCUACCAGCAGAGAGCCUGCCUCACAUAAACAGAGUCCAGUUUACCACAGCUAACACCGGAUCUCCCUACUUUCCCAGUCCUCUUAAGCAGACGGAAGCCAUCUCAGCUCUGAAGGCGGUCGAAGCCGGAGUAGCCUCCGCAAUCGCAGAUCUCAAAGAUGCCUCAAGUGUACGAAAGAUCAAUGUCGACCUGGAACGAGCCACCGCAUUUCUCUUCUCAACGUACCUGGCUACCGUGGGAGGCAUGGACAAGGCACACCCAAAAGUUAAAAAGUUACUUAAAGUACUGUACCGGAGACUAUCCGCUAACCUUUACGAGACCAAGAAGCCGGGAGAGUAUUUCCAUCUGCAUGGCUCCUUGGAGGCCACAAAAGCCCUCAACAUGAUCGGACUAGAAGGACACAGACCAGAUCUUACCGACUACCAUGAGUGCAUCAAGAUUAUUGAGGAAAAGGUCAAGCAGUACACAGCUGAUCAAUUGGAAGAGAUGAAUUGGAAGAUUAAACAGGCCGGCGUUACUUGUUUGAAAUGGGAAGAUUUCCAGAUUACUCAACACGGAGAAGAGCUUGUUGAACAGCCACCAUGGAAGGUCGAGUCAUUGGAAGCAGAUACCCCGCCAACACCGUUUCCCUUCGCAUCUUCACGCGCACCGAAGCCGCAGAUUCUUUCCGGUAUUCGCGUACUGGAGCUUUGCAGAAUAAUUGCAGGGCCAGCCAUGGGCCGUGGACUUGCCGAGUACGGCGCAGAAGUCAUCAAGAUUACAUCACCGAACCUUUCAGAUGUGCCCUUCUUCCAGGUCGAUGCAAACAUCGGAAAGCACACAGUCGACCUCAAUCUGAAAGAUGCUGGCGAACGAAAGAUAUUUGAAGAUUUAUUACAGUCUGCUGAUGUAGUACUGGACGGCUACCGACCAGGCAGCUUGAAUCGCCUUGGCUACGGACCACGUCAACUGGUAGAGCUCGCCAAGCGCCGCGGGCGGGGCUUCGUAUAUGUCAGCGAGAACUGCUUCGGCCACACGGGACCUUGGUCAUGCCGGCCAGGAUGGCAACAGAUUGCAGACUGUGUGACCGGUGUUGCAUGGGCCCAAGGUCAGGCUAUGGGUCUGGACGAGCCCGUUGUACCGCCAUUCCCCAUGAGCGAUUACGGCACGGGCUGCAUGGGUACUAUCGCAGCCCUUACGGGACUGUACAAGCGGGCCAAAUUCGGUGGAAGCUACAUUGGCACAACAUCCCUGGUCCAGUACGACAUCUACCUACUUGAGCUUGGCCUGUACGACGACCAGAUGAUGGCAAAAUUGAGGAAGCAGCAUGACACCGAGUUUUUCGGCCUGCGCCACCACGACUCGGUUGACGAGGUUGGAAAGCGAGCCCUGAAGACGAUGCGCAGGACGCAUCCCGAGUUGUUUGAGGAUCGACAUAUGCAAGAAUGCUAUAGCGAGGGUUUCAAGGCCAACGUCAGGACAAUCAGGCCAGUGGUCGACAUUGAUGGUUACUGGAACGGUUUUCUACGCAGCUCAAGACCGAAUGGGUUCGACCAGCCGACUUGGAAUAGCUGGGAAGUUGAUGAGGAUCUGCUCAAGGCGUGA